CACCAUGUCRAUGGAAGAAUCCCAACAUGCGGCCGCCAUUUUGAAAUGGUAAACUGUAGCGUACAGUGGUUUUUAAAUUCGGUUUUUUUAAAACCCGGGAACCUUUGAUAUCAGCCCAAAAUGGCCGAAGGAGGCUCGAGUGUGACUCCUGAAGAUACAGACGAAGAGACGCUGUUUAUGAUAUGUGGUGUUUGCCGUAAAGCUUCGGUGGAGUCUAAUCCAAAGCUUUUGCCUUGUCUUCAUAGUUUUUGUCUUACUUGCUUAGAAGAACGGUAUAAACAGCAACUACAGGAUCAAAAACAAAACCCGACGGCCAAUACUGGAUCUCAAGGGCUUUCCAGGCUAAAAUGCCCUACCUGUGGGCAAGAAUUUUUGGUUCCACAAAAAGGUAUUACCGGAUUUCUCGAUAACCAGUUUAUGUUGGAAUCAUUGAGUAAAAUCUCUCGUAAAAAAGAAAACAACGAACGAGUUUGUACUUCAUGUGAAGACAAAAGCCCGGCAACUUCCUACUGUUUAGACUGCACAGACUGGCUGUGUGAUGCGUGUGUACAAGCCCAUCAAAGAGUUAGAGUAACGAAAGAUCAUACGAUACAAACGAUGGAAGAGUAUAGAGCAAAUGCCAACUCUACUUCCGAAGAUCAACGGCCCAUUUUUUGCACUACUCAUCCUCACGAACCGUUGAAAUUAUUCUGUGGUAAUUGUGAGAAGCUAACCUGUAGAGACUGUCAACUUCUCGAGCAUAAGGAUCACAAAUAUCAAUUCGUAAAAGAAUCGGCGUGUUCCUACCGAGAAUAUCUAAGGGCACAGCUUAAUCGUCUAUAUGAACAAGCUCAACCAUUAACCGAAUCUAUCAAAGAUAUCGAGAAGGCUGCAAGGGGGCUACAAGAAAGAGAAGAAGUAAUCACUACAGAGAUCCACAAAGCUUGUGAGACAUUGAUAAAAGCUGUGAAACAAAGGGAGAGUGUUCUGAUUACGGAGCUGAAAGCACUUGUUCACUUUAAACACAAACUGUUAGCCAAGCAGAAUAAAGAUUUGCGCUUGAUGCAAAAGAUUCUUCAACAUAACUACGGUUUUACGAGGCAUGUUUUAAAAUCUAGCAGUGAUAUGACCUUACUUUAUAGUAAAAAGCAACUAAGUUCAAGAAUCCAUAACCUGUUGAGUUUAAAAUACAAGGUUAACCCUGUGGCACAUAGUGAUUUGAAGUUUUCAAUGGAUGCUGAUAAAAUGGCAUCGUUUAUUGGAAAAAUAGGUUCAGUUAUUACUCCUGGAGACAAGACAGGGACAACAGGUAGCCCAUCAGUGAGACUUGAAUCAGGUUUCAGGCCUGUAGCUAGUACCAGCGGGAUCCAACAGGUUAGAACAUCAGCUGUACAGGACACAUCAAAUACCAAUCGUGUGAACCCUUAUGAGGUCUUGUCUACACUCAACAAGCGCUUGCUGUCUACCGCUACUAGCACUGUCGUCAACAACAUAACAGUAAAGAUGGCAAAUGGACAACUGAAUCAAAUUUCCAGUUCGAGUAGUAAUGUUGGGGCUAAAUACCCUUCAAACGGAGGUAUAUACCAGGUUAAUAACAAGGUUGCCAUGACAGCAUCAAAUAGCCCGAAGCUCAGCCAUGUUGGUUCACCCAAUCUGUUACCCAAAGAACAACUAGGACUCCAAAGUCAAAUGAAAUAUACAAGUCCUUUAACCAAUCAGAGCAGUAGAGACCAUAUGAGCACUGUUGAUUAUAACAAGACGAAACCUUUGCAUCACUACUUAGGUGGAUCUCCGCCUCAGUCCUCAACAGGUGGUAGUACUGGCAUGGAUAUUCGGAGUUUUUCACCUCAAAGUCAAAAUGGUUUUGGAGGCAUGAUCACCAAUGUAAGAAGUCUGAAAAACUCGUACAUCAGAAGAUCACCUUUGAUGAAGAGAAGUCAUAGCUCAUCUGGUUUGCAGACAAGCCCAUCGCAGAUAAGAAUAAAACAGGAGAGACAAGACUCGGUAGGGGAAUACUCUAGCUGUACUGGUAUCAAGAAACAGCAAGAAGAUGCAGCAAGUGGUGAGAGCGGAAUAGAUGAGGAAAGCACCAAUGAGGACUGGUGUGCAGUGUGUCGUAAUGGAGGAGAAUUGUUGUGUUGUGACACCUGUCCACGUGUGUUUCAUCUGCAGUGUCACGUACCUGCUGUCACACAGACACCAAGUGAUAGUUGGAGCUGUGGUCUAUGUCUCCAGUUAGAUGCCAAAACAUUACAAGCUGAGUCAGCAACCUCAUUAGUACAAGGUCCAAACAAACGACGAACAUCUUUAUCAGGACUAAUGGACUGGGAAAGAAAGAUAUGCGAGAAGAUGUUACUGGAGCUCUUUUGUCAUGCUGAUAGUAUACCAUUUCAACAGAAAGUCAGUAAAUCUGUCCCCAACUAUUAUAAGGUCAUAGCCAACCCCAUGGAUCUGUCAACCAUGCGAGCCAAACUCCAGCCCCAACACUUCCAGCAUUACUCAAGUAUCACAGAGUUCCUCAGGGACUGCAAGCUUAUCUUUCAAAACUGUCAGACAUUCAAUGAUGAGAAUUCUGAAGUCGGUCGAAUGGGAAAUAACCUUGAAUUGUAUUUCAUGACCAUGGUCCAGAAGUACCUACCAGAUGAUAUUGAAGUACCUGAUCUAGAGCCAGUGAUAAAGAAGAGAAGAGAGGAUCCAAAAGCAUUCAUACAUAGCUUAUGAAGCACCUAAUCAAGGACAUCUUUUAUAAAUCUAAUUAUUGAUAAUAACUAUACGAAAAUUACAUUUCCGCAGAGCUGGUCUUGUCAAAUUGUUCAAUAGUGUACAUAUUCAGAAUGGUCAUGGAAGUAGGGCUUUCCCAAGGUUUUUUUUUUUUGGUUCAGCAUUGUCACAUUAUUAUGUAGUCUGUUUUCUUACUAACGGAAGGCGGGGGAGGGGAGAGCAGUUGCCAAUUCCAUUUCCCACUCAGAACUUUUCUGAAAUGCCAGCUUCCAAACUUUUUUCUUUAAGAGCAUUUUCCCAUUUUGUUGUAUUUUUGUUUUUGUUGUCUUCUUUCUUUCUUUGUUUUUGUUUUUGUUUGUCUUUGUUUUUUGUUUUGUUUUUUUGUUUUGUUUUUAUUGUUGUUUUUUUUUUGUUCUCUUUUUUCAUUCUCGUUGCCCUAAAUCCCAUUUUUCCUCAACUUUGUUUCUCCAGCCCACAGUCACUACCUUUUUGUCUCAUUUCCCCAAUCUUGGUUUUUCUGUUUCCAAGUCAUUUGCCGAAUAUCUCUUAGGCCAGUCCUCUUGAUGAUGGUCCUCAGAUUGAUGGGUCACAUGUUGUUCACUCCAAUGUGGCUGGUCAAUAGAUCCAAUCAUUAACAAACAGCCUCUGUUUUUAGCCCUCAUAUAAAGAAAUUAUUCAAAGGAAAAUUCAAACAAGUGUAUUCAAGACAUCCUUCCGCAUUUAAAAUAAUAAUUGUGUUUUAUAAGAGUAUUUGUCAUAAAUUCAAUGUGUAGUCAUGUCAAGAGAAGGUGAAUUGGACUUUUUUUUACCCAUUCAAUUCAAUAGCCCCUUUGCAGUUCCUCGGAAUGCAGCUCAACUUGGAGGACAAAACAAUCCAAUUCUCAGGAAAUUGAAAUUCUUUCGUUUUGUCCUCUAAUGCUUUAUCCUUCUUUGAUGUUGCAUGUGAGGAGUCUGUAGGGCAUAGUUUUUUGACUUUUACUGACUGGCAAACAUUUGUAAUAGAGGCUUUGCACCAGCACAUGAUGGCCGUCGCAGUGACAGGUGGCAGGAACAAUUGAAUCUGGUCUAAUCUGGUUGACAUGAGAAAGAAUUCAGUUUCCUAGGGGAUGGCUGCCAUCAUGUGAUGAUGCAAAACUAUUUCCUUAUUUAUUGUUUUUGCUGAUCCAAAUUAGAGUGCAUAAUAACAUAUAAAUAUCUGUGAAAACGUUAACUAACAAAAUCAUACAAAUUAGUGCAAAAUUUUGUAGGUUUACGGUUUACUGAACUUACUUAUUUGUGCAAUUUCUUUCAAAAAAAAUUCAGGGAUAUAUGAUAUGCACUCUACUAAUGUGAUCCUUGUUAAUAGAUUCAUUUGUUAUAAGGUAUAUCAUAAACACCAUUGUGACUGUUCUGUGCUAAAGAGCCGGUUCAGACUGCUAGUAUUAUUUAGUUUCUUGUUUGACAUGGCUUGGGAAAAAUGGUGUUAUUUCAAACAUUCAACCCUGAUGUUUUUAGCUAGGAUGUCAAACUCAAUGGAUCUCGUGACUAAGUUUAUAUAUUUUGUUGAAGUCACUUUUUCCAAAAGUUUAAAAGAUUACAACUUUAAGAUCUUACACACCAGACAUGUAAAUAUUACGAUUGUGAAUUAAUAUUCGUUAAAGAAUUCAGAAGAAACUCAAAGUA